AUCUCUUGACAUCCUAAACUAGUACUAAUAUUCCUUCGGAAUGGUGAUUUCGCGAGUAAAGGUCAUUUGUGACCAGUUGUAAAAAAUCACCACCUGCUGUAUAUCACUGGGAGUAAUUAGCAUCAUUAUAAAUGGAUAAUGCCCGUAUCUCAUUUGCCUAGAAUUAUAAACUUCGUCCUCAGGCAGAGACUGUUGAAGUAGCGGGGAAAAAAUAACCAGAAGUCUCUUCUUGGAGUGGCUUGUGUUGGUGAUAGAGAUGGCUUCGGCUACAUCUCUUUUCCCUUUAACCUUCAAAUCUUACUCUCUUGCUUCGUCUUUACCCGUCAAUCCUUCUCUUUCACUCUCCUCUUCUUCUUCCUCCUCCCCCUCUUCUUCUCGGGUUUCAGCCCACAUUUCAAAUAGGCACAAUGCUUACUGCAGUAAAGGCAUUAGUUUCAACGGCUCUAAUUCGUACCCUUGUUCGCUGGGCGAGAAAAGGCGGUCAUUAUGCCCAUCCAGGUUGAUUUGCAGGGCUGCCGAGUACAAAUUUCCCGACCCGAUUCCUGAAUUUGCCGAUGCUGAGACAGAGAAGUUUAGGGUCAAUCUUGUUAAGAAACUCUCCAAAAAAAAGGACUUGUAUGGAGAUUCACUGGCAGAAGUUGUUGGAAUCUGCACUGAGAUAUUCAGUACCUUCUUACACACCGAGUAUGGAGGUCCAGGAACACUCUUGGUCAUACCUUUUAUGGACAUGGCUGAGACUUUGAACGAGAGGGGCUUGCCCGGAGGCCCACAAGCUGCACGAGCAGCUGUUAAAUGGGCCCAAGAUCAGGUGGACAAAGACUGGAAGGAAUGGACCAAAGGCAAUAGCAAAACAUAACAGAGAGCAUCCUCAAAUCUAUACUCUAUUGUGCUCAAGUUGUCAUGUUGUGUAAGUUUUCAUGAAGAUUGUAUGAGCUCUUAGAGCAGGUUUUGAAUAGUUGUAGUGAAUUUGGUUUUGGUUUGAUGGAAUUCGAUUGAGGGAAUCACAUUGCGUUUCAUUAGACUAGCGAUCAGAGUGGGUAAUUUUAAGUAUGAAGGCCUGUAUUCUUAGCACUUGGUGUCUUUUGGAUGGUUGUUAGUAAUUAUGGAUUUUAUGGUGGUAUUAGGAGUAA